AUGCCGCUGCGGAAGCGAUCGCAGGGUGCUUCAGGUUUUGUCACCCAGAAGGACGUUCACUCUGAGACACGUGCGAAGGCCUUGCAACUUUGGCAGAACAUGCGGUCUGUUUUGCUUCCGCUGUCUUCAGUUUUGCAGGAGCUUUCAGGUUCUUCCCACCCAGAGAGUUUGGAGGACAGGUUGCUGAGCGGGGUGUCUGAGACCACUUUACUCCGCUAUCUUCAAGGUUUCAAGGGCUUUUUGCAUGCGCUACACACCCUUGAUCGAGCCUUGGACUCCUCUCUUCGUCAAGUGGACAUUGCAGAUGCACUCUUAACAAUGCACAACAUGGGCACUCAUGUGCUUAAUGGCCUCAAGUCCUUGCGUUGGGCCCAGAAGACGUUGCUUUUGUCCCUCCCGGAUUUGUGCCAGGGGCUCAUGCACUCCGUGUCCUACAGGGUUGAGAGUGAUAGGAAGGAGGCAUUCCCUCUGCCCCUUUUUUGUCUUGGCUGCCUUAGAAAGGCAAUUGCUGCUGGAUAUGGGCUCUCCUGCUCGCCGCCUUUUCAUUGGGGCAGUUUUGACUUCUUGUUGGAGCAGCCUUCGCCUCAGCGAUUCUCAGCACGUUUCAUGGAGCUCCAUCCAGGCAGGUUCUUGGAGUGGGACGCCUUAGAGGCGAGUUUUGGCUCUGUCACUCCAGAUUGUCUCUUCUUUUCGUCUGCGGCAGGCGAGUUUCAGCCUCUCACGUAUGGCGAGGUCCUCAACCAAUUGCGUGGUCUUUUGAUUUCCAUUGGUUUGAGUACCGAGGAGGCCGGCACCUUUACAGUUCACUCGAUGAAGGUUUGCCUUCUUUCCGUCAUGGCGCAACGUGGUUUCCGAGUCUCCCGCCAGGAGGCUCAGGGGCAUCAUAAAUCCUCCUCUCACAGUGCCAAGCUUUACAGUCGCGACGAUGUGUGGCCAGCUUUGGCAGCCCAAAAGUCCUUAAUGCGCAGCAUCUCUCAGGGGUGGUGGCCGUCCACCCCUCUGGCCCGCGGCGGUCGUCAUCCGGUUCCGCAGCGUGCCAUUGCACACCUUUCCGUGGAGAUACAGCCAAUAGCACCUCACCCCCGCUUUCCAGUUCUGGACGCCUCCUUGCACUCUGUCCCCGAGCCUUGUCCGUCUGCAUCACACGACCGUGCUGGGCCUUCUUCACCCAUUGCAGCUGCUGAUGUCUCUUCAGACUCCUCUUCAUCGUUUGAGACGAUUGCCCACGCUGCUGAUGCGUUUCCACAAGGCAGUGCACGCCAGGCAUCCUCCGCAGAUGCUGACGAGUGUGAGGAACAUGUCUUCCUCGUAUCCCCCAAGGGCGUGUGGCAUGUGGGCUUUCCCCACAGUGGCCCGGAUGGUUCCAGCUUCGUGCGUGCAGGCAAAGCUGUUCUUUUGCGUCCUAAGUGCGGCGCUUUGGCUCGCUCCUACUCGGUUCAGGAUAAGGAACCGCCUCCGGAUGCCCGUCUGUGCAUGCAUGCCGCAUGCAGGAAACUUCUGUCCGAGUGA